CUUGACCGCCACGCCGCCUUAUUAUUGAAUCUAUUGCAGCUUAUGCACUGUCGCUGAGAGAAUGGACCUCUCGCCGCCUAACGGCACACAUCCUGCUGAAGGAAUUCCUUACGGUCUACCCGACUCGCCCUCGAUCGAACAGCUCGAACACGAACUGCCGUCCGUGAGCGAUGGGCAGGUGCCGCUAGGGGAGCUUGUUUCCAGAGUUGCUCAGGCUGUCUAUGCAGAACUGACCGAGCUGGCCGAAACCAUGCCCCACAUGUCCGACAUUCAGCGGAAACGGACCCUCGCGGAAUGGGUCGUGAAAACCAAGAAACAAAUUGUCAAGCUCUACGCUGUAGUCAAGUGGUCUAGAGAUGCUGCGGUCGUUCAGAAGGCUAUGAACCGCCAAUUCGAAGAUGUUAUCAAUAGUCUGAAGUUCUCUAAGGACAACCUUGACUCUGCUCGACUACGGAAUCACGACCUCCUCACAUCCCUCGAUGUCUUGACCACAGGUUCCUACCGCCGCCUGCCUUCCUCUAUCAAGAAAUUUGUCGUACCACCCACCCCACUCGCUAACGACCAAGUCAGUCAAACAUUGGCAGACGUGGAAGACACCAUGCGCUAUCGUUUACGCAUGCAUGAGUUAAUUCCGCGCAAGAUGUCUCAUUACCGAGUCGCAGAUGGACGCGUCCACUUCAUUGCAUCCAAGCUGUUUGAGGUGUCUUUGUGCCUUUUGGGUGCAAAGAAAGAAGACGGCUGGUUCUUCGUGGAUGUUGAGUUCCUUUUCUCUGUGGGCGGGGAUGUUUCCGGCAUGCAAGACUUUCCUCGACGUCCGGCGGGGCCUUUAAAGAGACACAUCACCGAAGAAGCGGAUGCACGACUAGGAUUUUACUUGCCGCCGCCUGAACCGCUUCCAGACGCGAUAGUCCCGGAGCCCCCCAGGCCUCAGCUACCGGACGGUGUCUUUGAUGCACCUCUUGUUCGUCUCUUCAACUUUCUACAGAUGAUGUCGCUAUCAUACCAGCUCGAAAUUUUGUGGUAUCAGGCUGAGCGCAUGCGCUCACUUGGUUGGGGUGAAUACCUUAAGGUUGAGAUGAGCAACGAUCGCAAGACUCUCACCCUCACAUAUUGGCUUCGUAAGCCUCCGUCGCAACAGCAGGCUCAGCGAGCGAACGUGCCGAAGUUACCUCUGUUUGGAGGAACGCUCACAAUAUCCAUAAUCCCCACACAGCCUGCCCCACCAUUAUCCAAGCAACCUUCUACAUCCUCCUUCCGUCCUUCGCAAAGCCAGACGCUCCCCUCGCAGUCGUCUCAAACUUCCCUCCGGCCUUCCCAAAGUCAAAAAGAGAAUUCCGCACAGCAAAGCACGCAGCCAUCGGUCGACGGGCGGUAUCGACGGCCUCCAAAAGACAAAGUUCUCGUGGAGCUGCAGGAGCGUGCAAAGCUAAUCGUCGCGGCAAAGGACCAGGCGAAAAGGGUCGGCAAACCAUCAGACGAACCGGAGGGCAUGGUGAUGCAUGUCGACUGGCAACCGCAGCCAGGAGCGUUGGGAGUCAACAUAAAGCCGACGGACAUGUCGAUCUCUCCGGAUGAACUCGUCAUCAAUCCGGACGACUUGGACGUAGAAGCUCUUUUACGCAAAGUAAUUUGGGUGCACUCGAAGAAUCUCUUGCGUUACUUCGAGGUGCAGCUAUCUUGGACUCAAGCAUUCGAAACUGUUGAUGAGGUUGUGCUCGAUGUUGACGAGUCUUCUUCGCAUGCUGCCUUGCGUGUGAACCUCUGUGCCGACGAGACUGUUGUUAUCACACUCGAUCCGCGGACAGGUCGGCUCAACAUCGCUGGUACGGGUGACUUGGCCGCAGCUGGCCACGGCCCAAGGUUUUCUGUCAUUACUGUGGGGAUCAAUAACAAUCCUACCGUAUUGGUUGAGGCAAUCAUGACUCUGAGAUACUAUACUAUUGCAGAUCUGGUUGAGCAGAAGGCGAACUAUUUGGGACUGCAGACGUUUCGCCAGCGACCAUUCCGGACCGAGGAGCUCAAAAAACUCGGCCACCAAAGGGGCAUGCUCUAUAUUCAGCUCUCGAGCUUUCCCAUGCACUACCUGGUCGUCGUCAUUACGGAUCAGGACUUCCGCUAUGCGCUCAUAUCCGCCCAGAUCGUACCGGGUACGAUGUACACCGAGAUGAUCAUGGGAGACAUUGGGUGGCUGGAUGUGAGUCGCAUACACGGUGGGGACCUUAUCAUCUCGCAGUCGGGUGCUGCUGCUAUCCCGGUCGCAGAGACGGUGGCGAGUGAUGUUGGGGCAUCAAAAGGUCCCGUGAGGUUCAGACUGGAGACACAGGUCCUGCGCGAAUUGUAUGCUUAUUGUUGUGCUCGGGUAGCGUACACUAAGGUCGAACAGCAGCUGAAGUCGCGCGGUAUCCCGUACACGCAUGUCAAUCCCUCGUUUGGAUCCGGCAUUAUGUCCGCGCUUAAUCACAUACACUCGACGUUGGCCCGUUCCAUACCGGCGCUGUGUGUGCAGUCGUCGGACAUCCUUUCCGGUGCGCCAGCUGCUGAGGCUGCUAUGCCGAACAUACGUGUCAUUCCUCUGAACUGGUGGGCCGAUCAGAAAGUGCAGGUCGUUACGUGCGUUAAACUGAAGUACGUGCAGCAACCCGUAGGCAAGCGGGCGGGGAGCGGGGCCGUCAUAAGGCCAUCGAAGCGAAUUAUCUACGACACGCGCGAGGCUGUGGUGACAUUCCUCUCCGAGGACGUCGACAAAUGUGUGGACGAGUUCCUGGAGGAGUGGGCCCGGGUGUCGAAGAUGGUCGUCAUCGCGCGAGAAGUUGCGCAAAUGUCGACCAACAAAAAGUGGACAGACGUGCGCUUGCUGUCGUUCGAUCUGCAGACGGUCGAGUUUGCGUACGCCGAGGACUACACCGUCUCGAUCACCUGCACCGACCAGCUGGCGCCCACCGGGGGCUCGUAUGACCUGCGCUUCUCGCGAGUGAAUGACGCUGCGGGCAUGGAUACCGACAGCGAAGACGUCGAGACGGUUUUGUCGCAGUACAACCCGCAUGAAGACGUCGAGCAGUUCAUGAUCAACCUCUUGCGGUCAGGGUCGUUGUCGGCCUCGCUGCCCAAGCUUGUCGCCAUGCUGCGGGACACGCUGCCAAUCGUGGCCGAACUCGAGUAUAUCCGGGUCACAGCGCAAAAAGCGGGGGACAAUGUUGAUACGUUCGCGAGGUCAGCCGGAUGGUUCAGAGUACUCUAUGGCGAUUUCAGACAUGCACUCGACUUCAGAUUAAUGGCUGGUGCGCGAGUGUCCAUCCUGGACGCGUCGAAGACGCUGUUCCAGAUCGACGACAGGUCUGUGCCGCACAGUAGCCCGCCGGUGGAGAGCGAGCUCCUGCUGAAGCCGAUUCCGGGCUUCAGCGCGCUCGUCACAGAGGCGUGCAAGGCCGUCGCGGGGACGGUUGGCCGCACGAAGGCUGCGCCUGUUGACGUUGGCGUGGUAUGCGAUGGCACCGCCCUGCGCACGGUGGCGCGGGCGCUGCACGAGCGGGUCGUGCAACGGCUCAAGGAUGGGACGGUGACGGUGAAGACGGAGCCGACGUGACCGGGGUGGCGACGCCUCGGCCCUCCUCACGAUCUGGAGUCCAUUCCGGUCAAAUUCGAUGGCAAUUUCAACUAUGGACCCCUAUGUAUACGAUUGAAUACUGCCCUUGAACUGUCGAUGCCAACUCCUUUCGUGCAUGCACUCGCCCUCCCUCGUAAGACCAUGAUGAAGCUGGCGGAAAAUGAGGUGAAUGGUGAGCACGAUGCAGGAGGGGAGAUGCUGCUUAUCUAGAGAUUGCCAUAACUGGACACUCGCGCUUAUCAGAUUGGUUUCCUUCUGCGCGGCCGAAUCAUCCACUUACUGAGUACUUGCCUUCCACCCACAAGCAACCCAUAUCGAUCCACUCUGUGCUAUUCUGACUCGCCACAAGGUCAUCAGGUUCACCUUGUGGGUUCAGACAAAGUUACAUUGACUUAUGUACGCUGAGUCGAGCGUUAGCACUGUCGUAUUUAUCGACUGUGGUCCCAGUAGUUCCCGCCUGAACAGUUGUACCGUUGGUGCUUCCUCAGAGGGUAUAGAACGUCUCGCUAACCCGGAGAGUUGCGACCGCGGCUUCUUGCCACGGAGCUUUGCAGUUGGAAGCUCUGCACGGGGGGUGCAUAGGAAUUCGUACGGAAGCAUAUGCCGCGAAACAGAGACCGCUCGGUCGCAAAUUAUCGGAGCAUCGCGAGGGGCGACCAAUGGGAGGCGGUGGCGGGCAAUUCGUCGACUACAAACUUUGAACAGCGGGGCUGCCCCGAUAGGUGCUAUGUGCCGGGAACGAGAUGCUGUAUCCAGCCCGCAUCCUGUGCCCGUUGCGGGAGCCCGAUAUCUAGAACGGUCGACUGAUACUGGGUCGGCCGC